CGUACUCUCAUGUUUUGCAUGCCGUAGCGGUUAGACCAUUGACCAUGGGUCCUCGAGAGGACGGAGCAUUGUUCCCACAGGACCGAUCACCGAUGGCUGGCGAUUUGGAAGGGAUGCGGCUGUACGUGGAGGCCGGGGGAAGCGUGAAGAAGAGAGACUUCUUCAACAACACCGCGCUGCACCGGUCGGCGUCGAUGGGUUUCACCGCCAUCACGGGGUAUCUCUUGGAGUCCGGGGCCGAGGUGGAUGCUGUUGCCAACGAUGGCUGGACGCCGCUUCAUUUGGCAUGUCGAUGGGGGCGCGUGGGAGCGAUCAAGGCCCUCGUGCAGGCUGGGGCUGACGUGAACAAGACCACCAAGGACGGGCGGAUUCCGGCAGAGCUCCUCAAGAUCGAGAUGUCUCCCAGGGAUCGGAACGAGACCCUCAAGCUCCUGGGUAGCUCACCAUCGAUGGCCGGCUUCAAGCAUGCAGGCGAAGUCGGCGACGAGUGAGGUCAAGUGGAUUGAUGCAGCGCAAGCCAAGGCUACAACGCUGGUACCCUCCCUCCGCCUUCUCCAAGAAACGUUUCUCUCUUAACGAAUUGAACGCGCGCGCCGAAGCAACCACACUACACACUAGUCACCCAUCACGAACGGAUUUCCCACCCCCGGCGCCAGCCAUUUUUUUUUUUUUGUCCAGAUCACGAUGUGCUAUUAUGUUGACCGCGCUUGGGUGGGAGUGUAGGGUGUGCCUGGGUGUUGGUGACUGCGUUGCUGCGGGCUAACAAGCGCCGAUUGUCUUUAUGUUUGGCACCCUCUUAUCGAGAGGCUUCGGCGAAUUGGGGGGUAGAAAGCGGAGGCGCCUGGCAUGUUUGUGAUACGUACCUCGUGUAGGACAAUUUUUUUUAUUGUGUACAGAUUAGUAGUUGUUGGGAGGCUAAAUUUUUUAGAAGCCGAAUUUAAUCGUUAGAGUAGUCAGCGCUGACUAGUUUAAUGGCUUGAUUUUGGCUUCUAUAGGUGGUGCUUGGAAGCAACGCCCUCCAGAGUGGGCUUUCGGCGUACGUUUUCGACGUACGCGUGUAUUGAGUAUUUUAUGUUCCGACGACGUUUCGACGGAAGUCGCGCCGCCGCCCGGUCACACGCUUGUGCUAGUGUGUGUUUGAUGUGUUUGUAAGGUCGACCCCAGCGAUAAUGCUCUUCUUGCGGCGACGGUUCAACGCUUGCUGUAGGAGGGAUGGGGGGUUCGGGGCCGACAUUUUCCACACGUGAUGAUUCAUCCCUGGUGUGCAGCUUGAAAUUUCGUGCUUCGUGAGGCAGACCAGACCAUUGAGAGUAGCAUUCCCUCACCUCAGACUCGCCGACUUUCUUUCUGGGAGAAGAAACUGCUUUGCUACUAAAUACCGCGCACCACAUGACCCAGAAUGUAGAUGGAUUGGCAUCAGAACCCCCGACCCAUUUUUUGUUGUCGCACGUAGCGUGCUUUGGUACACCUUGCACCUCCGCGGCUUACUCGACGGCGUAUUUCGCAUCAACAGUUUUGACGUGCCAAGGGGGGGGGGGGGGGUCCCCACCCUGUAC